AUGGUGGCGCUGUCCGCGAAGAAUCAUCAUGUCUGCCUCGCGGCGGUCGUCCUCUGCAACAACUGGGUGGAGGCGGUCGACCAAAGCGAAUUCUGCCCACGAUGGGCUGCAGCCGGCGAGUGCGCCCGCAAUGCGGAUUACAUGCUUAAGGCUUGUCCAGCAAGCUGCUCAUCGACAGGCGCCGCGUCUCAGACAAGCAGCCAGUCAGUUUGUGCCCAGUGGGCCGGUGCCGGAGAAUGCCAGAAGAAUCCGACUUUCAUGCUCAAGGAGUGUGCCAGCGCUUGUCAAGAACUGGUCAAAGCUGGUUCCACCGAUCUUUGCAGCACCUGGGCACAGGGCGGAGCAUGCCAGCAGACUCCGGAUUUUAUGAUGGACACUUGCAAAGGCAGCUGCAAUCAAAUGGCUGGACCAAAGGUGAUCUCACCUGCGAGUGCAGAGCAGGGGGAGUCCUUGCGAGAGGCGCUGGAAGCGGCGAAGGCUCGCAUCGCCUUCCUCGAGGAAGAGCUCGCAGCGUCACGCAAGGCAUCAACAGCCUCCUGUCCGUCCGAGCUGCUGGUGCAAGAUGAGAACGGCAACACGCGGGCUAAGCAUCACACUGGCAAUGAGGAAGAGCAAGAACUAUUGCUUUUCUAUGCUGGUCGGAUCCGCUGCGACGGGGAUGCUUGCAAUGCUGGACUUCUUGUGACCGCGGUAAGAGCAGCUUUACAACAAUCUUUCCAGCUUCUCCUCGAUGGCUUUCUGGUUCUACUCAACGAGGGUCUGGGGGCAGAUCCCGAGAAGGGCCGAGCCGCGGCUGCCCAGGCGGCAAGGAUAAUGCGCAAAAUUCGGGAGCGGCUGAAGGCGAAGGCCUCUACCAAGAUCGGCGAGCUUCAGGAGCGGCUGCAGCAGGAGCUGGCCACGAGCGACUCUAUGAGCAUACUUGCGGAAACGGCAUCGAAGCGCUUCCAGGAAGCUGUGGAAUUCUCUGAGAUGUGCCGACGUCGCUUGCAGGCCUUUCUCGAGACUGCCAGGUCCAAGAUGCCCGAGGAAGAUCAGGAAUUGCUUCCGGACCAGCCUGACAGCUUCUUGCGCGACCACGUGCUAGUCGGAGCAUGGCUGGUGCUGUUUCUCCAUGUACUUUGCAGAAUGAUUGGUUUCUUGUUGAGAAGCGCUUUCAAGUGCUUGUUGGUGUGGCCCUGUCGAUGCUUCUGGGCUGUCUGUCGCGGGUGCAUUUGUUGCCUCUGCCCCUAUGGACGCAAAGUGGUCGAAGAACGGCCUUCCACAGCCGCACAUGCCAAUGGUGCUGCCAAUGGCGCGAGCAAAAAGCCGGUCUGA